UUGCAUUUUGUUACAACCUCGAUCAUCAAGACCUCGUAUUUCUACAGUUUGUUCCUAUUACUGGGGACAUGUAUUAGAGUUGGCGACGGAGUGUUCAGAUUUUGCCAUCGCGGAAUGUGGCAUGAAUUCCAAGAAGGCGAUUGUCCAUUUGGUCUUUUAUUCAACGAAAGAAUAAACGCACCCUGUUUUUACACAUUGAAUGAAAAUUCUUCAGCAAGAAUUUGGCCAACUAUUUGUGACGAUACACCUUUCCUCAGUAGUAGUCACGAAAAAAAUCUCGGGAUUUUGGGCCAAGACUUUGUUCUCGCUCAAAAAAAUGGCAAAAUUCAGCUAAUUCAAUACGAAGGAGUAACUAAUUUAUCUAUUCAGACUCAAAUAUGGAACGACGUAGUGGAUAUGUCCACUUGUGAAGAUUUAUGUUACCGAAGCAUUGAAAAUGACAAAGUUCCACCGAGUCGAACCUCUCACGAGGAGGGCGAUUCUGUCGAAAUCUUGCCCGUCCAUCGUGGAGAAAUCAAUGAAACGCAGAGAAUGGCUGUAACCGAUCAAACCCUCCGACUUGGGGAUUAUUUAUUUGACGAGCUUAAUACAGAGGAAUUCAACAGAAGGUCAGAUGGAUAUGGGCCGGAUUUAAGAAUUGUCCAGUUGUAUAAAACCAGUAUCAGAAUUCUUGCCAAGACUUGUCCCGAUCCAUUCAUCCCUGAAGAUUUCAGAAACCGUAUAUUGUCUGGAUUCCUAUUUCUGGUUCAGGACACAGGAAUUGGCGAAGUUGACGAUAUUUCGGCAGAAGAAUUUGAAGAAAUUAUGGCUGCUUUGAGAUCUUGUGAGAAUAUGAAUCCCACUUUUCGUCUCGAAGGAACAGUCUGUUCCAUGAAAACUAUUGCAAGUGAAAUCAUAAAAAUUCUACCCGACGGGGAAGAGCUUGAAACAUCUUUCAGGCCGGUGGACUGGGAUAAAUCGAUAACCGCAUUUCCUUACCGACAUUACGACCCUUUUGCGGAAUUUGCCUGGCAAGCAGUGACCGUAGUGCAUGGAACUUGUUUCGCUACUUUUAAACCUAAUGCAAAUAUGCACCACAAAUACACGGCAUCGAUGGAAAAGCUAUUCGGAGACAAGAUUCGGUUCAGGUGGGAAAAUCCCACACAGCUAGAAGACUCGAGAAUGUGGGGGACUUGGUUCCUGGCAGAUUUGGACACGACAUACAUGAAUUUUGGAGCCUGCAUGUCCGGAGCGUAUGAAGGAGCCCCCUUUGCAAUGAAGCUGGACAGGCCGAUUGACAAAUUGCGGAAAAGUGGAGGACGAAGAUCCCAAAGGCAGCGAAGGGACGCGGAACAAGCACCGAGUAAUGAUGACGCCACAUACAUUCCCAUCGGGUCACACGUCGAAAACAAGCUGACCAAAAUCACUGCCACUGAAAUGGACGACGGGACGGUCAGCACUGAGAACGACACCGAUGACGACGCCAUUCAAAGCUAUUGGAAGUACUACCGCUCAACUGGAGGCGUCACAGAAAAGUUGAAGGGGGAUGUACAGUGUUUUCACUCGGCGGAAAAGAGGAGCUUGGUUUUAGAAGAGUUAAAGGAAUCAAUGUGCACAUCAAGAAGGGAAGAUUUAUUAAUUACAAAUGACGAGAAGAGAUAAUGAUUAGGUUAAAAAAUAAUGUAAUAAUUUGUAAGAAUAAAUGAAAGUAAUUUUUAUAAUAAUGCAAUUAUAUAAUGCAAUAAAAAUAUUGUUAAACUGUUGUACACGGAAUAAUCACGUUUAGGUCAAAAUACCCAUACGUCAAGUAGUACAUCAUUUUCAUACGUAGGAUAACUCAGGAUUAGGUCCCGGCCUGACUAGGCAGGUCACAUCGCCAACACUUACAAAUAUGUAUUUAUGUCAUUAAAUUCUUUGUGAAAUGAAAUAUUAAAUGCAAACUUAUUUUCAUGUCGA